GCUUUCAGUUCCAGUAUUAGGUGGUACUGCUUACACCUUAUCCAAGAACAGAUUUAAUUCUAUUGCAGAUGAUAGCUUGAAUUUCGCAGAUUACCGAGAUAUCGAUACUCUACGUAUGGAAUGGAAGAAACGUAAUAAUGGUCUUGGAUUAAAAGAUGUUAAUCGAUCUUGUGGUGGGGUUUAG